AUGAAACAGUGCAAAUCAGUAUCAACUCCCAUGGAAGCUGGACUUCAACUUCUGAAGAGCGAAGCCGAGAAGAAGCUGAACAAGUCAUACAGAGAGCUGAUAGGAUGCCUAACGUAUUUAAUGGUCACGUCUCGUCCGGAUAUCAGUGCAGCGGUGAACUAUUUCAGCCAGUUCCAGAGUAAUCCGUCUGAAGAGCAUUGGGUGCACGCCAAAAGGAUGUUACGUUAUCUACGUGGGACAGCAGACCAUGGAUUAGUCUAUGAGAGGUCAUCGGUUCCCAUUCGUCAGGUGGUUGGUUUUGCGGAUUCAAACUGGGCUACUGAUGUGAAUGAUAGGCGUUCAGUUUCAGGAAUCUUGUUCAAGCUGUAUGAAGCUACGAUUUGCUGGAGCACCAGAAAGCAAAGCACCGUAUCGUUGUCAUCGACCGAAGCUGAAUGUUCUGCUCUAGCUGAUGCUGCUUGUGAAGCCACUUGGAUUCAAAAGGUCCUGAAUGAGUUGGGAUUGCUAGAAGCAAAGCCGUCAUUAGUCUAUGAAGAUAACCAGUCGACCAUUGCGAUUAUGAAGUCAACUGGACCUUCAAAACGACUGAAGCACACUGAUGUCAAGAUCAAAUAUGUAAGUGAGUGUGUGGCCAAGAAGAAGCUAGAAAUUUGCUAUAUUUCAACAAGCGAGCAACAAGCUGAUCUACUAACGAAAGGUUUGUCAGCGAUACCGUUCCGGAAGCUUUGUUGUAAUAUUGGAAUCUUUCCACAAACUCAGAGCAACAAUUAG